CUCUCUCACUAAAACCUCGUACAACGAAAGCAGUUCUUGCGGACUGUACGGCAUCCCCACGAUCCGAUUCCAUCCGUAGAGACCCGCCCCCGAGAAUGGUGGCGAUCGGCGAGUGCUCGACUUCCACCGCGUCCCGUCUCUUCCCCGCGAGCUUCCGCAAGGACGCCGCCGCCUCCGCCGCUGUCUUGGUCCGCCGCCUGUCGCUGCCCCGCCGUCCUUGCGCCUCGUCAAAGGUCCCGUCUUUCGGGACCCUCGCCGUCCGCGCUUCCGCCCCACUUCCGGCUGCAGUAGCGAAUGAGGCCAGUGCCAAAGUGAUUGAUGGGAAAUAUGUUUCGAAGCUUAUCAGAGACGAGGUAUCAGCUGAAGUAUCAAGAAUGAAGGAGGCGAUUGGGGUUGUACCAGGGUUGGCGGUGGUUCUUGUUGGCGACAGGAAGGAUUCCGCUACUUAUGUACGCAACAAGAAGAAGGCUUGUGAGUCUGUGGGAAUUAACUCCUUCGAAGUGCAUUUGCCUGCAGACUCAAAAGAAGAAGAAGUGUUCAAGUUUAUCUCGGGAUUCAAUGAUGAUCCUUCGGUUCAUGGCAUUCUUGUUCAGUUACCAUUGCCUUCGCAUAUGAAUGAGGAGAGUAUCCUAAAUGCAGUAAGUAUUGAGAAAGAUGUGGACGGUUUUCACCCACUCAACAUUGGUCGACUUGCUAUGAGAGGAAGAGAGCCCCUGUUUGUGCCUUGCACUCCUAAAGGUUGCAUAGAGCUAUUGCAUAGAUAUGGUAUUGGUAUUAAGGGAAAGAGAGCUGUCGUGAUUGGCCGAAGCAAUAUUGUUGGGAUGCCUGCUGCUUUGCUGCUUCAGAGGGAAGAUGCAACCAUCAGCAUUGUCCAUUCCAGGACACAAAAUCCUGAGGAGAUCAUAAGAGAGGCAGAUAUCAUAAUUGCAGCUGUUGGGCAAGCCAACAUGGUGAGAGGGAGCUGGAUCAAACCUGGUGCAGUGAUUAUUGACGUCGGGAUCAAUCCAGUUGAGGAUUCAAAAAGCUCUCGGGGUUACAAGCUAGUUGGAGAUGUUUGCUAUGAGGAGGCCUGUAAAGUAGCAUCAGCUAUCACUCCUGUUCCAGGGGGAGUUGGUCCAAUGACAAUAGCAAUGCUUCUCUCUAAUACUCUCACAUCAGCAAAGAGGGCGCACAACUUCCAAUGAGUGUACGAUUUUUCAGAAGCUACCUUACAAGUUAUAAUUCGCAAGACAAUUUUUGAUAUCUUGCAAGAGAAUUUGCUAUUGAUGGAGGGCGGCAUUUACCAGCAGAUGUACUGACUCCUUCAUCUGUCUUAUCAGUUAAUCACAUAGAUAAUGAACUCAUUUUUUACAAGCUGGAUUGAAAGCUUUACAAAGACACGGAUCCAUAACGGGCAAGUUAUAGGAAUCGUAGAAUUAGCGAUUUUGUGGCGAUCUUGCAUUCGCAUUUGGUGAAUAUAUCCUCAGAAAAAUGGGAAUGUGUGAUGUGGUGUCUGUGUACCUUUUGCGCUUUGUAUCGCUUGCGAGGAUGAUUGGUUGAGGUCUCUGUAUUUGGUUCUGUUACGUUGUAAGCUCCUUUGACAAAUAUGAUUUUAUGCAGCCUUACAAUGUCAAAUGUCAGAUUAGACCUUGAGGUCUUGUGCAUGA